AUGUCUCCUACUCACAGGUCCACCACCCAUCCACCCGUCAUCCCAGUCACGAUGACUCACCAGGUCCCCUUCCGACAACCAGCAGUCACCGUACCACUCAACUGGUCCUUCGCAGGCACCCCACCCAACCAAUUCCCGCCGAACAGCUUCCUCAGGAAGGAACAGCACCCACCCUUGUUGCAAGCCCAGAUCAACGCGAGCUCAUCCUUCAGCAACAAAGCAUCCCCCAAUACUCCCUCCACCGAAGGCCAUGAUGGCUUCAAUCCUCAGGAGGACCAAGCCGAGCUCGGCACAGCCCUAGUCUCACUCACGAAAAGCGAAUUGAUCAGCUUGAUACAUGGCCUGAUCCAACAGAAGCCCGAGCUGAAACCGACGAUCAAGGGCUUGCUACCCCCGCCCUCCUUGGAAUCCAUCCUGGCCAAACUGGACGAGGUGGAGAAACAGCUCGUCGAAUCUAUCCCGAACAAGCGCAUGAACCGGGAAGAAUACAUCUGGAACCGAGUCCGGGUGCCGUUGACGAGCUAUGUGAACGACUGUAUGGGCUGUCUGGAGCUCGCAGCCAAGACGAUCGAGAACCGCUGUGGCGGCUCAGGAACGGGAGGAAAGCCGGAGCUCUCGGUGAUCUAUGGGGCAGUCUCCGACCAACUGAGUCUGCUGAGCCAUCUGAGCCUCUCGAUCUCCAAAGUCGAAAACCUCCUCCCCAGCCUAUCACCUCAGCCCUCGAACCAGAACGAUCAACAAGACCUGAACUGGAACGUCUCCUACCCCUUCCAAUCGAUCCUCAUCCCAUCCCUCUUCCAGAACUGGAAAACCUUCAUCGAAGCCAUCCAUAAGCUCAUCUUCGAAGACCGCAUGAUCAUCUCCGAAUCCCUCAUCCGUAAAUGGUUCUCCCUCCUCGACGGCCUCUCUGACCCCCAUCCUUCGGCGGAUCACCAGGACAAUCACACCGUCCAACGACUCAUGAUUGCCGUCAGAGAUGAGGCUCUCAACAGAUUCGGCAUCCUCGUCGGCCUCAAAAGAUAA